GAAGGGAGCCCUAGCAGAACGAGGUGUAUCAUCUUAUAACGAAAGCCUGCCAGUAUCAAAUCGGGCACUACGCAUGAAAGAUGAGAGGACCUUCCAUUAAAAUGGUGUUCCUGGUAAACUUAGCUAUCCUUGGCCUUAUCUGCUGCGUUAUUUCUUUAUUGGUAUAUUUAGAGGCUGAAUCUCCCACAUGUCAGACUAUGUCCACAGUAGAUGAUCAAAAAACUUAUGAAGCCACAGGGGCAACUGAAAAGCCCAUCGUUCUGCUGUGGUUCUGGCCUGCUGGUGCGAGGUUUGAUUUCCAAAUCUGCUCAAGCCACUUCCACAUUGAUGACUGCAUUCUGACUGAUAACAGGUCAUUGUACAGCCAGGCAGAGGGAAUCCUCUUCUACCAGAGAAACAUAAGCUUAAAUUUUGAAAACAUGCCCAAGGACCCACGUCCACAUUUUCAGAAGUGGAUUUGGUUCAAUGCGGAAUCUCCCACGAACACAAAGAAAAUACCAGGUCUGGAAAAUCUGUUCAACUUAACACUGAGCUACAGACGAGAUGCUGACAUCGUAGUGAGAGAUGAGGUCACAAUCAAGGAAACAGAGACCAAUGAGGAAUUUGUUCUGCCCAAGAAAGACAAACUGGUUUGUUGGGUUGUCAGUAACAGCAACCCAGCUACUGGAACAUCUGCGAGACAGAAUUAUUACAAAGAACUGUCCCAACACAUAAAGGUUGAUGUCUAUGGUGUUGCUUUGAAUGGGGACCGGUUGAAACAUGAAGACUAUUACCCAACCAUUGCGAGUUGUAAGUUCUAUCUCUCAUUUGAGAACUCGCUCCAUGUGGACUACAUGACGGAGAAGGUCAAUGGGCCCCUCGCAGCAGGGACCGUCCCUGUAGUUCUGGGUCCACCAAGGGAAAACUACGAGCAGUUCCUUCCCAAUGGUUCCUUCAUUCACGUUAAUGAUUUCCCUGAUGCCAAAGGUAUGGCAGAGUAUCUGCAACGCCUGGACAAGGACCAUGAAGCAUACAUGAGUUACUUUGAGUGGAGAAAGUACUAUGAAGUCACUCCUCAUCUUUUGACCUUGAGCAAAGAAUUCAUUCAUCCCGUCUGCCUCGCCUGUGACCACAUCUCAAAGUACAAAGAAUACAAUGUUAUCAAUGAUCUUUAUGAGUGGUACUUUCCAUGAAAACUACAGUGAGAACCUAAUUUGACAGACUAUAAACUAGAACAUAUACUUUGAAUUUGUGUGAUUGCUUUGACAUUUCCAGAGUACUGCUUUAAUUAAUCAAUAUAAUUCACAUGGUAACCGUUGAUGUUAUUGAUGAAAAUAGUGUUGCAAAUGUUCUCUGGUUUAAGUCACCUUAAGUUGUUUUGAAUACAUAAAUAUUCCAUCUAAAAAUAGGUUUCAUACAUUUUAAAGGGGUCAUUUGGAUAAUUAUGUCACGUUUAUUUUUGCUUUGUUUACAGGUAUCUUAUUUGAUAAUUUUUUAAAGACAACUUAACUUCCAGUUUCUAUCCUGACUUCCUUAGGUUUUCUAUUGAUUGGGGUUGUGCUAAUGAGUAUACAACUUGCCUGUAAUUUUACAAUGUGUACAAAAAUUUUGUCAACUACUGUAAUUAUAUUUCGCCCAUGAUGCAUUGCGAUAUACAGAUAAACUUACAACUUACAACUCUAAGGGACAAGCAUGUGCUUUACACUUGCUUUACACUGUUUUGAUUCAAAAUUAACUCGCCAACACCAUUUGGUGGGGAGACAUUUGUAGAGCAGAAAUUAUGCCAUUGGAUCUAAAUAAAAAUUGUAUGACCAUCCAUUUGGCUUUUCAUGCUAUGUAGCAGUAAUCACAGACUUACAUGUACUUUCAAUAAAGCACCCACAUACAGCUUGAAGGUAGAACAAUAAAGGGGCCUGGCUUGUGUUACCUAGAUGGGCACCAACUAACUCCCAGUGUAAGCCUGAAGGCAAUCUGUUUCUCUGGAGAAGAGGUUCCCAAAGUGGGGGUCCCGACCCCCCGGGUGUCUCGAGACACAGAGGGGGGUCGCGAGAUGCUGUCCAAUCAAAAUGCGCUGGAACAUUUAUCCAGAGUCUAUACUAUUGUGUCUGUGACAUUAAGUGUAGUUGUCUUUUCCUGUUUUUGUACUUGUCAUCAAGAAAAUAAUGACGGCGUGGGUCACUGUUUUGUUUUUAUGAAUUGAAGGUAUGGCAGAAUGUGUUUUAUGUUAGUAAAUGUUUUAAAACAUGUUAAUAAACUUGUUUAAUAACAUAACAUGUUUGUUUCAUGGGGCUGCCUUCAGGCAGAAUAUUUACAGUCACUGUUUUUUCCCACAUUUAGAUUUAAUUAAGAUAAUUUGGCCUUGUUUAGAUUUAGUUUCUUUAUAAUUAAUUGGUUUGAUUUCUGGUUUCUUUGUUUUUCUUUAUUUUGUUCUUUGUUUUGUGGGCAAUGUGCGAUAAUGAGUACUGGGCAAUCCGGGUUUAAUGGCUUGAAUAGUGGUGAGUUAUUGGCUCCGUAAACUAGAGGCCCUCUUCUGUUAUUUCAGUGUAUAAUAUUGCCCCGGGGAAAGGUGAGGGCAGGAUUAUUCAAUGAAAGUUGAUUGUGCUGUAGAUUAAUUUAUAAACUACAGACAUCCAAACGUUUGUCGCCUCGCCUGUGAUCAUUCUCUGUCACGGUUAUUAGUUGCUUUUACAUGAUAAAUAGAUAAUAAUUAAUUUACUGCUGUGAAUGCCACUUCAUUAUAUCAUGGUCAAGCCUGAAGCUAAAGUGAACAUGGCCUAAGCAGAAAUAUUAUUGAUAUGGAUAUUGUUAUAAUUUUUAACAACAUAUUAUGAGGAAAAUUAUCAUAUUAUUUACUGAUACAUGAUUUUCCUGAUGAUUUUUUUUGGGGGGGCACCAUCUUCACUUUUUUUUGGAGCAAUUAAAUAUCUCUUGUUCUGCCUGUUUUGUGAUAUACAGGCCUAAAAGGUGCCUAAUAUUUCUGUACUAAAAUAAUAUCGGCAUUAUAAUUGUAAGUUAUUUUAUUUAAUGACGUUACUGUUGAGGGUUGAUUUGUAUUUCCUGUACUAAGCGGGUUGUUGGUAGUGAAUCUUAUUUUGAAAGGGGGUUUUAAAGGAAGUGGGUUCUGUGAUGAAGGAAGUCCUAAAAUGAACGGAGCAUAAACUUCCACUGAGCUCCGAGAGAAGAGAAGCGCCUGGAGAGGAAAUGUGUGUGUCACUGCUUAACAUUUACCAGGAACUAGUUGUAGAUGCUUUAAAGUGAAAGUACCUGACUUUACCUUCAAUCAUCCUGAACAAGAGUGAAGUGCAAGUUGGUCAUCACCUCUGAAUGACUUGUUAGAAAUAGAGAAGCAGAAGAGUGUUGGUGCGACUGUAGGUGGAGGAGGAGGAUGAAGACGCCAGCAUUGUCCUCAACGUGAUGGAGAAAAUGUCCUGAAGACGACAACAAUGAUCCACACCUCAAACGAGAGACAUGAGACCCAGAGCUGGACUGGAUGUGAGAGAAACAAGACGUUGCGCUUCAGUACGACUUUGAGGUGACCCUGCCAUCAUCAUCAUCAUCAUCAUCAUCACCAGUUCUCACCAGUAGGUGGUGGCGUCGAGUCUCUUGUGAACCCUGAAGGAACUUGUCCGAAGAGGGAGAGGUGUCCCUGGCCUGGUGACCUACAACUACAUUGUUCCUCCUGUUGAGGUGGCGAAGAGAGGCCUGAACCAAUCACAACCCUAGCUCCCUGCAGUUGUGGGCGGGGCCAGUGGAGCUGGCAGCGUGUGCAGGAGCCGCCUCAGUCGGUAUAAAAGCCAGGUAGGCUUUGAAGCGUGAGCCUCAGUGUGAGCUUCAGCCUCGUCCGAUGAAGACUUGGAGAAUGAAGACGAAUUAUUUCGACCUAGUAGUCGGCCAUGGUAGUCAGCUGGGGAAGGCACGGGGACGCGGGAAACUCUCGCCUUUAGGCCAUAACCCUUGUCCUUUCUUGCUAGGUUGCAUCAGACCAAACUCCUUGACAUCAACUUGACUCUUGUUGUUCUGCCAAAUGAAAUGAACCGUGUACCUUUGCUGAGUCCAUUAAAGUCCAAUUUCACUUUGA